AUGAAUAGCAGAAUUUGUGAUAGUUCAGAUGGCAUGGCUCUGAAUUUGGAAAAAGAAGCUCAAUUACAACAAGCCAUAACUGCCUUCAUGCAGCCACCGUUCUUUAAUGAUAUUUGCAUUCGUAUCGUUACCAUUGAUUUGAUUAAUGGACUAAGAAGUGAGGAGCAAGUGCUAGCAAAUAAAUUUUUACUAGCAUUUUUUUCAUUGCAUCUUCGUGAACUAAUUUUGAGCGGUAUUUAUUCAAUUGAUGGUAGCAGUGGUAUGUUAAAUAAUAUACCAACAGUUGAAUUGCAUCUUGGUACCAUUGCUAAUGCAGGACAAGCUUUUCGAGCUAUUUUACGAUAUCUUUAUACAGGAGUGCUAGCUUUCACUACUGUACAUCCAUUUCAGGUUCUUCAAGUUUCUCGAAUCUGUCGAAUUCCUAUGGUAGAAAUGCAAGUAACAGAAUUCGUGCAGCAGCUGCUAUCAAUACAAUUCGAUGAACAGCAUUGUUUUGCCAGACUGUCUAAUAUAAAUCUAAGUAAUUUUUUUCUUACUUCAAAAUCACGUAAUUGCGCUGAUAUCAAAAAUUUUUGGACAUUUUUGCCAUUUGUCAAAUUUUUCAGUCCACGUAAACUUGCAUAUUUUAGCACAUCAUCAAAUACUUCUUCCUUAACAGGAAGAUCAGGAAAUAUGGAAAGAUUCAAUGAGGUCAUUUUACCAACUAAUGAGAAAGAAGGUUGGUGCCGCAAUAAAAAAUACAUCGAACAGGUAGCAAACGGUUACAUGUGCACAGUAUGCCGCAAAGUAUAUGGUCGGUAUAAUUCGGUGUCAUAUCACGUUACGAUAUACCACCGUAAUCCACCAAUAAAAUGUGGCGAAAAAGGUUGUCCAUUCAGGACUCGUGAAGCAAGAUAUAUUCAUUUUCAUAAAUAUUAUCGACAUCAUAUUCCAUUACCGGAUAACAUUGAUUUAGGCUCACGAAAGUGUCCAUUUUGCCGUCACGUGUCAAAAAGUCCAGCAAUGCUUGAAAAACACAUUAGUCGUCACGUACAAGAUAUUGAUAAAACUGCCGUUCCUUCUAGUUCUUCAUCUGCUAGACUGUCACCAGGUCAUUUUCAACUUGCUUCUCAGGCAGUUACUGAUUUGCAAUGUUCACAAUGCUGUUAUAGGUGACAGGCAUCUGAUGACUUAGAACAGCAUAAGCAAUUUGUUCACGGCAAAGAAUUCUUCCAGCCGAAGGACAACUCACUACCUGUAGAAAUCAGCAAGGCGGAAAGUGUUACUGACGAAGAUUUUGAACGAACAACAAAUGAUUCAGCAACAAUUAUCACUUCGCCAGCAACAAGUGAUAAAACGGCAACAAUCACUUCUACGCUGAAGCUCAAAGCAGUUUGUCUCGAAACGCCCAAAGCAUAA